AUAACACAGCAAUCAUCUGGGCAGCUUCUACUGGACAUCUGGGCGCACUGGAAGCUCUCGCGGCGGGCGGCGCCGACGUGAACCUCGCCAACAAUGCGGACAACACGCCUCUCCACUACGCAGCUGCAAGAGGGUAUCUCCUGAUGGUGGGCGCCCUGAUUGGCCUUGGGGCGUCCUCCAGCAGGAAGAAUAAGGAAGGGAAGACUCCGCAGGAAAUGUUGGGCACAGGUCCUGCCGAUAGACUCUUCUGCUUGGCGCAGGAAUGCGCUGCGGCCGAGAAGGAAAGGAGGAAGAUGCAGGACCAGCUGGCGGAAGCGCAGUCGUGCGAGAGCGAGGCGAUGGCCCACGAAGCAGAGACGGAAGAUCUCAAAGGGCGAACUGCAGAUCCUCAGGAACGCAUUGCCGCUUUGCAGAGGCAGUUCAAAAAGCAAGAAGAGAAAGUGAAAAACCUACUUUCUUCAAUGGAAGAUUUUCGCUUGAAGGAAAUACAGCCGCCGGGCGACGACCAGGCCUCGGCCUCUGGCAGGAGGAAGAGUUCUCGGUUAGCAUCUCGCAGCGGCACGGCUCGGAGGGACAGGCAGUCCACCGGCAGCAGCGGCAAGAGGAACACGCCGUAAGACGGGGAGCCUCUGGAGUAUUAGUGGACCUCGUGGCCCACCGCUUCCACCAACUUAUUUCUUUUUACUUUUUUUUUUUUUUUUUUUUCUUCUUUCUUUUCUUUUCUGUUCUUUUAUGGCCUGCAUUCCCGUCCAUCUCAGCAUGCAGCGCUCUCAGAGUCCAGCAGUUCAGUUCCCUCAGUUGGAGAGUUGCCACGCCCAGUUCCUCCCUACACGAUGAGAUGAGUGAGCAGCCUGUACCCCCAACAGUAGGCCAGCAUGCUCCUUCCUACCGGGCCUCCAGAGGAGUGUGUACUCGCCACCAUCCAGUUCCUCUCAUCAGGCGGGCGCUUUCUCCUUCCAGUCUGCUUCGCGUGGCCGGACGAGAUUCCUCUCUUUUACGGGGAGAACCAGCCUCAUGUGGUUUGUAGCAAAGCAGGGAGGUUGAGUACUUCUUCUCUAGUGUUCAGAUGCUGACCCGGCCAACUACAGACGAAGUUCCCAUCUAGAUGGCCCGGGGGAGGGGGGGAGCGGAGGCAUGCACAGAUGGUCAUGCUCAGUCCGCUAUUUGAAGGCGUGACCACCGAGCUUGAGUUCAAGGUAAAACUAUGGGGCAAUUUCAGGGGCGUCAGCUCAUCUCACCACUUAUUCAGGAUGCUGGCUCAGACUCGGAUGAUGCCAGGCGAGUCACCGCCAACUUUUUCCAGGCUGUGGAGAUGACAGUCAUGCAGGGCUCUCGGAACUACCCUCAUGACAAUGGCGAUAGUGAGGAUUUGUUGUGGCGGACCUUCCUAUCUGGUCUCCCUCGUUGGCUGCGCCGGCAACUAGCCCUUCUGGACUUCCCCAAAACCAGCAACAUGGCGGAGAGGUGCCAGGUUGCCUGGAAUGCAACAGUUGGAGUGAAGCCAUCCAUGCCCCUUGUCAGCAAGUUCCCUCAUACUGGGUCUAUACACUACACUGAUCGCCCAUAGCUCUAGGUUUGCCACCAGCUGAUGAUACCACAUGACAGGUAUUGUUCUGCUCUGGAAUUUUAUCAGCGAUAAUCCUUUCCAGACAGCGACGGUUUGUGGGACAUUUGCAUCCUUCCCAAAGCAGUAUAUGGCAACAUAGGUAUGCAAAUCAGACAUCAGCCCAAAAAGGGUCCUCACCACGUCGCCAUCACACAAGAUAGCUUGAGUGGUCAGAGUGCCAUGCAAAGCCUUGUCACUGCUUUGGCUGCAGUUAGCCUGACAUUUUGUUGCCACAUGUCCCUCUCAGGAGCACCGUUCACCCUUUUAGCUAUUCGGCAUGCAAGUGUUUGGGAGGUGAAUCCUGACCCAAAGCCCAGGAAAGUCCAGCCACAGUAUUUGGCUACAUAGAGCUAAUGGGACCCGGAGCAGCAGUGAUCACCAAAGCUUGUUUGUCUCCUACACGGCAGGUGAUGACCGCCACUGACCACUACUUCAUCUUCCUAUCCAUUCCUCCACUAGAUGAUUAGGAGGGUACUCACAGCAUGUGGCCUCCAUGACUUCUAAUGAGCCAGACAGUGCUGACACCUUCCUGAUUGACAAGAUGUCGCUUGAUCAUCUCAGUUUGAUCAGGCUGUUCAAUUGAUAAGUGUUUUCCAGUCCUUAUCGAGCUUCUUCGGAUCCGGACCACAGAUGACCUCUAGUGUGUGUAAGAUAGUGGAGACUCACGCAGGCCACAAGGGACGUCAUCAAGAGGCAUGAGUAUAAGAUGCUGGCCGUGGGAGUGAUCGAGCCCCGAGCUGUCCCCUGUUGUCUUCGUUAGGAAAAUCAUGGUUCACAUCGGUUCUAUGUGGACUAUAGAGGACUCAAUGAGAUGACUUCCAGAUAGCUACCCUCUACCGAGAAUAGACGAGAUCCUAGACUCUGUACUUGGUUCACUGUAUUUGAUAGCAGGUCUGCAUUCUGGGCUUUCUCAAAGACAGCCUUUUUGGAUGGUAACAGACUCUUCCACUUCUGUCGCCUGCCCUCUGGCAUGUCUACGGCCCCUAAAAUGUUCCAGCAUACUGUGAACGUUGUGCUGACAUCUGAAGACACGCUGGCUUACCUCGAUGACAGGGUUGUUCUUUACUGAACACCAAUAUCUCCAGGAGACGCUGAAACUCCAUGAAGGUGAGGAAAUGAAGAUGAGUCUGCCUCCAUGACCCUGUCUGUGAAGAGUUGAUGGACUGGCUUGAUAGGCGUCGACCACUGCCUUGUGUUUGUCCUCCAGUCAUCAUUUCUGACUUCGAAGUGGAUAAUAAGGUGUUGUAUCACCUCAGGACAUUUCUAGACAGGGUGGUUAAAAAAGUUUGUGUCCCUCAUCAACUUCGGGUACAGGCCCUACAGCAAGCUUACUGCCCUCCAACUGCUAUUCACCCAUGGGGACUGUGCAAUAGCUGUCAAGAGAGUGUGUAGCGUUGUGAGGUGUGUCAAUAGCGAAAAGGAGCUCGUGCACCUAUGUAGGGACAUCUACUACUUGAAGCUCCCUUGGAGAUGGUCUCAGGGGAUUUGAUGGACCUAAGGGGCUCAUCUCAAAGCUACCGGUAUGUUUUUUUUUUUUUUUACCAUCAUUGACCAUCAAACCCGCAUCUGACAGCUUUUGUGAAUCAUUUUGUUAUAUUGUUUGGCCCCUUAAUUGCCUACAAGCAAAGGUCUAGAGUUCACGUCUGUGGGAGUCUCUUGAGGACUCGGCAGAUGAAGUUAUCAAGAGACUCGGUCCUGUUACCUAUGAUGCAUUCGACUUUACACCCUCACCAUAUUGGUCGUGUCCAUGCCAAUGUGUGAUUGCGUGUGUGCCUCUUAGAAAUUUCAUUGACUUCUCCAGUGUUCUUCGUAAAGUAAAGGGAGGGAUUGUACUGGACCCCAUGGUCCACCUCUUCUAAAUAUUGCUUUUAUUUAUGUUAAACUUUACCAGGAACACUGAGGCAUCUUAUUCUUUUGUGCUGUCUUGUUUUUAUUUUGCUUUCCUAUUCUCACUUUUAUUUGUGUCUCUUUGUAUGUUGAUUUUUUAUUCCACUUGCCAAACUGCCUUAAGUGCCAAACGGUCUCGUCACCCAGACAGGGAGGGGAUUCCUACCGUCGGGAAUCGGGAAUCGGCAAUUCCCCUUGACCUGGCGCACUGGGAGGACCGUGUGACCGUGUCCCGUGUUUGGGCUUAUUUUCCAAGUAACUUCUAAGCCUUGUGCCUUGCUAUGAGGUUACUGUGUCUGCCACCCAAGUGAAUAUUUACAAUCAAUGUAUCUGAGGAAGCACUAGUCCAGCCAGCACCGUAUUAUCAACAGUGAGUGAUUCAGAACCCGGAUUAAGGUGGUUCACUACAACCAGGAGACAACGAGCAUGUGCAAUGACAACAGGAGAAGAGUAACAAUGGGAAUGAAAGAUAUGAUAAUGACAAGGGUAAUAACGAUAAAUAAGAUUAUAUCACAAAUGAAAAGGGAAAUGAUAGAUAUAAUAACGGAAACAGUGAAGGUACUGAAAACAGAAGAUAAAGAUAUCUAAACCUACUGCAAUGUUGAAAAUAAUAAUGGUUAUGUUUUUAAUAUUAAGAAUGUUAAUAAUAAUAAAUAUUUACAAUCUUG